UUCUUUCCCACUCUUUCCUUUUCACUCACAAACGUUCAUUCACACAAAAGCUCCAAAAUCUCAUUUUCUAAAACAAACCCUAUACUUCAAAAUUCCCCAUAUGCAAACACACUCCGCAAAACCCUAACUUUUUUCUUCAAAUUUUUAGAUCAGUGUUUGAUUUGUAUUCAAUUCAUCUUCGAUUUUUCAAGGUGAAAUUGUUGGGGGCGUGAUUACUUCUCUUCUGAUGUAUGAUUUCCAAUCAUUUACACCUAAUUUUUCUUAUUCAAUUUCCCAUAUUUUUCUCCCUUAUGAUGUGUUUUUCAUAUGCUGCUUCAAUUGCCUGAGAUUUCGUCUUAAAAUUUGAUACUUCUGUGAAUCUAUCUGCUGUUGAGAGAAAAAUAUUUUCAAUUUUCAAUUUUCAAGUAUGGGAGAUCGUCAUAGAGCUCUUUCCUUUGAUGAAUUACCUUCAUAUUUGCUUUUGGAAAUUAUGUGUUCAGGGAAGCUCAGUGCUAUUGACCUAAUUUGUUUGGAAUUUACUUCAAAAGCCUUUGGUGCUACUAAUGGCUUGUGCCCUUCUAAAUUUAACUCAUUGGUAGACUAUGCUGCAUUUCAAUUGUGUGGCUCUCAUGCCAUCUUUUGUAAGAUGAGUUUGAAUUCUCAAAAGGAGUUGUAUGAUCGAUGCGGCGGAAAGUGGAAGCGGGUUUUGAGGUUCUUGCAGUCUGUGGAACAAGCCUCUGGUGUGGUUGAGACACCAUCAGGAAGUAUGCAAAUAACAACAGGAAAGUAUCACACCUUAGCGAUCAGCAACUCCUCGGUCUAUUCAUGCGGUUCUAGCUUGUGUGGUGCACUUGGUCAAGGCUCUGAAACAACACAGCUUCCAGCAUUGGCCCAAAUCGACUUCCCACCUCUGGCACGUGUCGCACAUGUGUCGGCCUCCUAUAACCAUGCAGCUUUUGUUAUGCAAUCUGGAGAGGUGUUCACGUGUGGAGAUAAUUCGUAUUUCUGCUGUGGUCAUAGAGAUACAAAUCGAGCAAUUUUCAGGCCACGUCUUGUUGAAUCCUUAACGGGGAUUCCUUGCAAGCAGGUUUCAACAGGGCUAAACUUCACCGUCUUCCUCACUAGGCAAGGUCAUGUGUAUACUUGCGGAAACAACUCGCACGGCCAACUUGGUCUUGGCGACACUCAGGACAGACCAAUAGCCAAAAUGGUUGAAGUCCUCGCUAACAUAGGCCCUGUUGUUCAGGUUGCAGCCGGAUCAAACUAUAUCUUAUCUGUAACAGAAGAUGGAUCAGUAUACUCCUUUGGAUCAGGUUCUAAUUUCUGUCUCGGUCACGGUAGUCAACACGACGAGUUGUUUCCUCGUUGCAUACAGAAAUUUAGAAGAAAAGGUAUUCAUGUUGUCCGCGUAUCUGCUGGGGACGAGCAUGCAACCGCACUUGAUUCAAAUGGAAUUGUAUAUACAUGGGGUAAGGGAUAUUGUGGUGCUUUAGGCCAUGGUGAUGAGAUUGAGAAGACAAGACCAGAGAUCUUGUCUAGUCUCAAGAAUCACGUGGCCGUUCAGGUGUGUGCAAGAAAGAGAAAAACCUUUAUUCUACUUGAAUCAGGUUUGGUUUACGCAUUUGGUUCGAUGGGAUUUGGCAGCCUAGGAUUUUUAGACAGAAGAGUAAAUGACAAAAUCUUAAAGCCAAGACUGUUAACCACAUUGAGAUCUUUCCAUGUUUCUCAAAUCAGCACUGGCCUUUACCACACUGUGGUUGUCACUAACCAUGGCCAAAUAUUUGGGUUUGGUGACAAUGAAAGAGCUCAGCUGGGUCAUGAUUCUUUGAGAGAAUGCACUGAACCAACUGAGAUUUUCAUAGAAAAAUCAAAUGAAGAUUAUGAUUCUAUUUAUUAAAGCUGACAAGUAAAGAACAAUCACGUCUUUUCUGUUGUAAAAGUUUAAUGUUUUUAUACUACGUAUUCAGAAGUUAUAAACAAAUAAUGACAGUAACAUGGAAGAUUGUAACAAGAACCAUUUUUCAAUAAGUUGAAGAGUGUGUUUUAAUUUAGUUCA